AUGUUUAAAAGAAAGCCAAGCUUAUCAGCACCACCACCACUCUCAUUCUCCGAUGUCCUUAGUGACCUUUCAAGCUUACAAAGUUAUUAUGACAAUAAGAAUGGAGAGAAAUUUGUAGACAUUUUGGAAAUUGUGGGCGAGAAUAAGCAGGAUAAUGAUGAUAACGGCGAUACUAAUGCUGGUGGUACUGCUAACGCGAGAGAGGAUUCUGGUGACUCCUCCUCUUCUUCGUACAUGACUUCUAACUCUAACAAUCCAAGCAUCACCUCUACACCACCAUCCUCCUCCCCUUCAAUUAUCGAACCUCAACAACACCAACUUCUUGACACGACUUUUGAUCAGUGUAACGAAUUUAUUAGUAUCAAUAACCAAUUAAACGAUUCACAAGGGAAACUUUACGCGUUAGGAACAGAAAUCGAUUCGUUGCGAAAUGAAUUGGACGAAAUUGUCACGACGAUCGAACGUGAAAAUGUUGAUGAACUAAGCGUCGAAGUUAAUGAGCAUGACGUUGAUACCGGCGAGAUUGCUAAUAAGCCAAUUGGGGAGUAA